GACGAGUUACCGGCGGACCGCGAGGCAGGGCCUGUAGCAGAGGGGAUCUGGGAGCAAUUCAUGUUCGACGCCAUCAUGGAGGCGUCCAACCAGCGUGCGUUCACCAAGGGAUCGCACUUGACCUUAGACAGGCGCCAGAGGAUCGAAGAAUCUACGGAACGCCUCUUCAAGGCGUUAGGAAUGCCUUUCCGUCAGGUCCAGUACAAGCGCUGCCCCACCAAGACAUGGAGGAUGCACUUCGACAGGUGUUUCCCACUUGUGUUCCCGACCAAGGCCGCCCAAAACUGGAAGGAAUGCAAGUAUUUCAAGGACUGGUUCCGCCUUCUCCGUCGACUGAACGAUGACGAGCGGAAGGAAGUCCGAGAAGCACUCUGGAGACAGUGGGACCAACUCCUGUGGGCGCCGUUCACGGGAUCGGAUAGGAUGUGGGGUACGAAGUGCUGGGAGAACAUUCGGGGUGCCGCUAACUGGGUUCGCUUGCCUGCUAUGCCUAACGAUGUGGCUGCUACUCACAUUGCAUUGAGCCCUCGC